UAAGUGUAUUCUCCACAUGGAUCCUAGGUUCAUGAAUUCAAAUAUGUAUGGAAUUACUACUUAAAAAUGAGUGAUAUAGCAGCGUAAAUAAUUCGCAAAGUGCACUCCUUAAAUGUUUAAGAUAAACUGUGUUAAUGUUAUAAAGAUAUCGCAUUUAAAUGCAGUAUAUUCUUUACACACCAAUUCGAUAGAAAAUUUAUUCCAACAUGUCGACGAUAUGCAGGAAAUUGUGUUCUUCCAUUUUACUCGAACACUUUGGGCCAAUUGUUCAAACUGUAGGUGACGAUUUAAUGAAAUUUGGUACGAAACCAUUGAAUUUACUUCGACAUACAACUCAUCUUACUUUAGCUAAGAUAAAAGAGGCAUUAUGUGUUUUAAUUAGGUAUGAUAUAGUUGUACCUAGACAAACUGAAAGAGGAAUGGAAUAUUCAUUAAUUUAUGAAAGGAUCAUAAUCAUUCUUAGGUACUCAAGGUAUAUGUUUUUUACAAAAACAGUGUGUGGGGAUGAAGCAGAAAUGAUGUUAGAAGAAGUAUUAAAAAAUGGAUAUAUUACUGCUUCUGAAAUAGUGGUGAGAACAUACAGAAGGAUUGAACAAUCAUCUUCUGACUCACAAGUCUCGAUCCCACUAUUGAAAGAUAAAUUGGAAUUGCUAAUCAAAAAUCAGUUCCUGAUACGUAGUUUAUAUGCCGAAUUGCCUGAGGAAGCAGCUAUGGAGAAACCAGAUUUUAAUUUGCCAAAUCUUAAUUUACCCGCAAUCAGUAAACAACUUGAGGGUGGUAAUGAAGAUGCUGGGGACAGUAAAAUAUAUUGGAAAGUAAAUAUCGAUCGUUUUACCCAGGACUUUAGGGAUCAAAUUAUUAUAUCAGCUAUGCGCAACAGACUGGAUGAAAAUGCAGCAGAGUUAAUGAGGCAACUGCUUUUUCUUAUGUAUUUGCGUACAGCUUCAUGGGCAGACACGUCCAACCCAAUACCCCUCAUAGAGAUUAAAGAUGCAGUCAGAAAGAUUAAUUAUCCAGUCCUUACUCAGCAUCUUGACCAAUACUUACGUCUUAUUGAGAAAGACACUAGUCAGUUCCUAAAAAAGGUUGGCCAUGCCGGAGGAGGGCAGUACAGCGUUAAUAUGAAGGAAGCUUUUCAUCAGUUAGCAUGGGCCACAUUAGAAAAUGUUGUGAUGGAGAGAUUUGGUUCAAAAGCAGCCAGAAUUUUUAGGUUAGUCCGCGAUAGGAAAUACAUCGAGCAAGAACAAAUACAGCAAUUAGCUAUGAUUCCAGCAAAAGAAGCUAAGCACUUAACGUAUACAUUAUUACAAGAAAAUUACCUGCAGAUGCAGGAAAUAAAGAAAACCGGUGUAUCGGCCGCACCGAUGAAAACUUUUUUCUUAUUCCACAUUGAUCUGAAUCUAGUCGUUGGCAUGGUAGUCGAACAUUGUUACCACGCAUUGUACAAUACCAUGCAAAGAAGGGAGUACGAGAUAGCGAGUAACAAGCGAAUGAUAGAUAAACAAUUACGGAUGCAGACUCUAACAAGCAAUUUGAAAGAACAUGGUGCUACAGAAGAACAACUGGCAGAGAUUGCCGAACUUAUGACCCCGUCUGAGAAACAACAAUUAGAAAAGGUUCAAAGCACGAUAAAAAAACUGAGUGUGACCGAGUUGCAGAUAGACGACACGCUUUUUCUGUUGACGAUGUAUCUACGUUAUCACUAAAUAAAGACGUUGUCAGGAGUUUAUUUUUACAAAGAAUGGACGCAUGAUGUUUCAUUCAUUUAUAUAGUUAUUUAUUUAUGUAUAAUAAUGGUUACGCUUGUAAAAUACAAACAACAAAGAAUACCUAACUCUCAAAUUAUUAUAAUAAAUAUAAUCAUAUAUCUA